UAGCAGUCGACUGAGGAAACAUGAUAACGUGAAGUCGUUGAACAUUUCCAUCUGCCGCAACCCUGCAAGCGUGAUGGUCGUCGUUGUUUGUUGUCUUCAAAAGAUUUUCUUGUUUGAAAUUUGAAAAUAUCACCAUUCGUGUGCUCAGUAAAUGUAACUUGACUUUAUCUUGUCGUAGUAUGAUGACUUAUUUAUAUCGAUUCGAUGUAGCAGGACAGUGAAUUACGGAUAUUUUCACCUAUAGAUGUAAAUGUGGAAGUUGCUUGUUUUCAAAAUAGGUGUUCGUUCUUCAAACUAAGCUAUCGAAAAAUUCACAAAAUCACGAUGCUGUAGCAGUUCCGAAUCUGGGUGCUCCUUUGAACAAUGUCACGAAGAGUGACCGAAGCAGAUGAAUUACGGAAUAUGAUUAAUAGCUUUAGAUGUUCCGAUUUAGUAAGUUUAUUGGGCUAUGUCGGAAGAAAUCGUUCUGGUAGAAAAAACGAACUUCAACUAAGAGCUUUGGAAAUACUAAAAAAUCCUCCUGCUGAUAUAAACAUUGAAGCAUUCAAACAUAAAAUUAAGUUUCUUUAUAAAGCUGCUCAAGAUGAAGCUAAGCAAACGCAUAAUUUAGAAUUACAGCAGCAGCAACAAAAUAUGAUGCCAUAUAAUAUGCCUGGGGGCAGGGUGCAGCAAAUCAUGCCACCCCAACAAGCCAUGCAACCCCAGCCAAGACCUUCUGCUAAUAUUAAUCAUUAUGGCGUGCCUUCUGCUCAGUACGCUAAUCAACCUCAGAGAUAUCCCGGUGGAAUGCCCGUAGGAGGUAAUCCGUAUCAAAGUUCGGGAUUCACUCAAUCUAUUCAACCCGCUAACAGUACUCCUUUAUGUAACUUUGGACUCACAGUGCUUGUUCCAAAUGCCAAUUUUUAUACGCCGUUCAAUGAACUUAAAUUUAGAAAAUUACCAUUUUACAAUAUCAAGCACGAGUUAUUAAAACCCACUGUACUUGUGUCUAAUCACGUUCCUACAUUGCCUAAUAAUUUAAGAACUAGCGCUACUCAAGAAUUCCAUUAUUGUUUUGUAUUGACCUGUGAUAUGGCUUCUGAUAUGGCCUCAAAUAGAGAUAUUGGAAAUGGAAAAAACGAUUAUAACGUUCAAGCUCAGUUAAGGAUCACAGCUACUGAUAACACGACUGGAAAUGUUACCGAAUACAACGAUUUUCUUCCACUCGGGUUGGUGGUGCGUUUGAAUCACAGGCAAUGUACAUUACCGAUUUGUAGUCCUAAUUCAAGAUCAGGAACUGAAUCGAGAAGAAUUCCUAGACCAAUCAAUAUUACACCACAUAUGAAGAUGUCUCCGAUCUGUCAAAAUUUGUUGGUUAUCAAUUGGGCAUGUGAACAAGGAAAAACGUUUGUUGCCAACGUUAAUCUUGUUGAAAAAUUAUCAUCAGAUUAUUUACUUAACAAACUGAAGGAACGGCCGACCAUUUCUGUGGACUUGACGAAAGCAACAAUCCGACAACAGUAUAAACGUAUAGAUGACGAUGAUGACGAAGAUAACGACAAUACGAACGCUGACGAUGACGAUAUAGCUACAACAAUUGUGCGUGUUUCGUUAGUGUGUCCUUUAGCUAAAUUCCGCAUGAUGUACCCUGCCAAGGGUAAGAAUUGUACUCAUCUACAGUGUUUUGAUGGAGGAGCGUAUAUCAGUUUGAACGAAAAGAAACCUAUGUGGAUGUGUCCAGUUUGCAAUAGAGAGUUGUAUUUCGACGAUUUACUCAUUGAUCAGUAUUUUUCGGAUGUUUUACAAAAUAAGGAUUUAUCUCCGGAUUGUCAAGAAGUUCAGCUCUUGGUUGAUGGAUCAUGGAAAAGUUAUGACGAAGAAGCUGCAAAUAAUGAUGAUAAAUCGAAAAAUGAUGGUUCGGCGAAUUCUCCUGGUGCUCAGUCUCCUAACCAGGAUGCACGAGCAAAUAACGGAGAUGCCAAUGAUAACGGAUCGAACAAUGAUGACGUCGACAGAAAAGAAUGUGCUAUCAUUGAAGAAAGUGAAGGAAAUACAGCUGGAGGAGGAGCCGUGGUUGAUUUAACUGAAGAGGACGAAGAAUCGCCGGAAGAUACAAUGGACGCAGACGCAAAUGACGCAGAAAACAAUAUUCCUCUUGAACCUCCCAAGAUCUCUCCUCCGCCACCUUUGAGCCCUCCGCAGGCGAAACCGAACGAUACUAAUGACAAAGCUGUGGAAGGUACUUCGAAUACCGAAAAGCCAGAAACAGAUGAUGGCGAUUCUUCGGCAAUCACUCCAACUACCAACGCAUCGGCUUCAACCGAAAGAGCUUCUUCUACAGCGGUCAGCAGUUCUGGGUACAUGAGUCCAGGUAUAAUUUCUUUGGACAGUCCUUCCCCGCCACCGAUGGUUGCCUUGAAUUUAGGAGAUACGUCAUAGUGAUUGGAAAAGCGUCUCCAGUCUUCUGUAUAUAUUUUUUGUGAUAUAUAAGUUCGUUUUUUUCAAUUUAUAAAGAUGAAAUGAUUUACUUUUAUUUGUAAUUUUUUUAAAAUGUUUUAUAACAAUGUGCUGUAUUCUGGUAAUUGAGUUAUGUUUAUGUAGAUUUAUUUUGUUCUGAAUUGGUGACACGUGCUACGUUGUAAUUGCAAGUGUUUUUUUAUUACUUGAAUUUUGAAUAUUGAUUGUAAGAAUACAAUUCUUAUCAUUUUUAAUUAUAACAUUAUCGUUAAAUUAAAGACUUUUCACUUCCUUUA